UCACAGGUUGUGGGGUGUUCGAUUUCUUCAUCAAAAUCCAAUUUUUAUUUUGAAAUUUCAAUUUUUUUUUCCUUCUUAUUUUUCAAUCAAGCAAUGGGUGAUGAUGCUGCUGAUGUACCAUUUUUGGAGCACCCCAUAUCAGAAGACACCCUUCAGUUACUCUUUGGUGCUUCCAACUCCUCUAACUUGGAAAAUUCCUUAGAGAUUCUCAUUCAGAAUUCAAAAUCUGAUUUUGGGCGUUUGGACCUUGCUUCCAAAAGGGUUCUCCCUGCAGUGCUCAAUAUAGUUCAGUCACUGACUCAUGCUUUUCAUCAUCAUCAUCAUCAUCAUCAUCAUAAUCAUAUUCUCUCUUUGUGUUUCAAACUCCUCAGAAACUUGUGUGCUGGGGAAGUUGCAAACCAGAACUCGUUUCUUGAGCUUAAUGGGGUUGUUGUUGUUUCAAGUGUUUUGAGGUCAGAGGCUGGUUCUUCAGGCCCUGAUCAUGGGUUGGUUCGUUGGGGUCUGCAGGUUCUGGCUAAUGUUUCUUUGGCUGGGAAAGAGCAUCAGCGUGCUAUUUGGGAAGAGCUCUACCCGGUUGGGUUUGUGUCUCUUGCUGGACUUGGCACCAAGGAGACUUGUGAUCCAUUGUGUAUGGUGAUUUAUACAUGUUGUGAUGGAAACCCUGAAUGGUUUAGAAAGCUGUCCAAUGAUGAUGGCUGGCCUGUAAUGGCAGAAAUUGUGAGAACUGCUUCUUCAGCUAGUUUUGGUGAGGAUUGGUUGAAGUUACUCCUUUCAAGAAUCUGCCUUGAAGAAUCUCAAUUGACUGUGUUGUUUUCUAAAUUACGGUUUAUGGAUGUUCCUAAGGGUGAAGAUACUGAGUUAAUAGAUGAUCAGUUUUCAUCUGAACAAGCAUUUCUUCUGCGGAUCCUAUCCGAUAUCAUGAAUGAGCGGAUCAGAGAUGUUACUGUUUCGAAGGAUGUUGCGUUGUUUGUUUUUGGAAUAUUCAAGAAGUCUAUUGGGGUUCUUGACCAUGCAACGAGAGGAAAGUCUGGUCUUCCUAGUGGCUCUGCUGCAGUUGAUGUUCUUGGCUACUCUCUUACUAUAUUGAGGGACAUUUGUGCGCAAGUUAGUGAGAGAGGUAUUAGGGAGGAUGCAAAGGAUAUUGUUGAUGUGCUAUUGUCAUAUGGCCUCAUAGAGUUGUGUUUAUCUUUGCUUGGGGAUCUUGAACCUCCAGCAAUAAUCAGGAAAGGAAUCAAACAAUUUGAGAAUCAUGAUGGUGCUAGUUGCUCCUCUAAACCAUGUCCUUACAAGGGCUUUAGGCGAGACAUAGUUGCACUUAUUGGUAAUAGUGUAUAUAGAAGGAAGCAUGCGCAAGAUGAAAUCCGGCAUAGGAAUGCAAUUCUACUGCUAUUGCAGCAGUGUGUUACUGAUGAAGAUAAUCCUUUCCUGAGAGAAUGGGGCAUAUGGUCUGUGAGGAAUUUGUUGGAGGGAAAUGUAGAGAACCAAAGGGUUGUUGCUGAAUUGGAGCUCCAGGGAUCUGCUGAUGUGCCUGAAAUUGCUGCACUUGGUCUUCGAGUGGAAGUUGAUCAGAGAAAUAGACGAGCAAAGCUUGUAAACGUCCCAUGAAGUAUCACUAUAAUUUGACUGUAUCCAUACAUCAUUACUUGGACUUUACUAGUAUGGUGUCUUCUCAAGAAAAUGCAUGGAGAAAUUUCUCAAAAGCUGAACAGCCAAGGCAAUGGUCCUUGUAUGGUUCCUGUGUUUUGGACUUAUAAUGUUAAAUUUUUGAUCAGUUAUAAGAAUGUAAGAUUAAUUGAUUUUAUAAAUUUAGGUGGAAAACCUAUUCUUGAGGUAACAAUGCCCCUGGUGUGGGGCCAUAAAUUUACAACUGCCACUUAAUUCACCAA